AUGCCAAAACGAGCCCGCGCUGAACCUGCCGAGACUUACGACUCUGAUGGUGGUUUCGUAUCCGAUGAUGAUGGUGCUGUUCGCAAGUCCAAAAAAUCUAAGACCACCAAAGCUACCAAAGCCACUACAGCAGCUAAACCCACUUCCUCCUCCUCCGCCAUCUCUCCUUCAUGGGAUCUCUCCACCGGUCGCACUCCUCGCAAAAUUGAGCUUUCAGACUUCAAAGGUCAAACACUCAUAAACAUCCGCGAGUUCUAUGAGAAAGAUGGAAAUGUUUUACCUGGAAAAAAGGGCAUCUCCUUAACAGUGGACCAAUACAAAAACUUCCUCAAAUCCAUCCCCCAAAUCAACGCCAAUCUUAAGAAAAAAGGUAUUGACGUUAGUCCUGAUGAAGAGGAGGCAGAGGAAGACGAGGAAGAAGUAGAAUUGGAUGAUGAAGAGGAGGAUGAAGAAGAAGAAGCCGUAGAAACAGACUCAGAAGCCGACAAAAAAUCCAAGUGCAAGAAUAAAAAAGUCAAGCCAGAAGCGCAGAAGGGUAAGAAGGGCAAGAAAGAAAAUAUUGAAGCUACGAGUGAUGAGGAAGAAUGA